AGGUUGAGCGUUGCAGUUUAACCAACAAUUCAACACCCACUCCAUCAUCAUAUUCUUCUUAUUAUCAUCUCUCUCUCCCUUGCAUCCUAAACUAUCCAGAAUCACAAAUAUAAAUUCCACAUGCAAAUCAUUGUUCGUAGCUUGUCCAUAAAGCCAGCACCCGCCUAAGUAGCCUAAUAUAACAAGACUUCAUCCCAUACUGUUUCAAUGUCUUUGAUUCAGAACAAGACGCUUCAUUUCCUUAUGGAAAGAUUCGCUGUUCUCCCUUUUGGAUUCCGCUGCGCUUCCCACUCCAGCGUUGAAGUGGGCGAAGCAACUCAACCACAAAAACCGAAAAUGAGAGCAGCACCACCAAACCCACCGCCACCUCCCGAACGAACAGAUGAUGGACCAACAGAAGGUAGAUCAGCGAUGAAGAACUCAUUUCAUUUGUUGAGUCAAGGGAAGCAUCACAUAUCUAGUGGGAUGCAGAGAUUGAUCAGAAGCAUCAAAAGCUUCUCACAAAUAUUUGCUUACAAGGAAGACACUGAGGAAAAGGAAAUGGAGAUUGGAUUCCCUACGGACGUGAAACAUGUGACACACAUAGGAUUGGAUGGCUCUACCACAACAAAUAAUAAUCUCAACACUUUUAAUAGCAAGGCUCCUCCUUCUGAAGUAGUAAAACUCCCUUCGAUUUCUCUGAAGCAAUUUGAGUUGGCAAUGGCUGCACAGACCACCCACCAACCUCCUCAUCAACAGCAGGUCCUCGUUGAUCUCAGUUCGUCUCAAGAUCUUAAUUAGUGAAUUAAUUGUUUUGAAGCCACUCGCUAUGUUUUCUUUCUUUUGCUGGCUGAUCUAUGAGAGGCUAUGAGCCUAUCUCCUCAAUUAUAUGUUACAGCUGAUAGAUGCAUGCUCAUAUGAUGUAUGGCUUUCGUGAGGUGGGUGAUGAUCUAUAUCCACGGAUUGUUUUAUGGAAAAUGAUUGAUUUCAUUCGGUGCAUGGAAUGAAACGUAUUUGGGUCGAUCGAUAG